AUGGGAAGUUCGCUGCCGCUUUCAGCCUACGACCAGUCUUAUGGCCAUGGUCGCACCCGUCAGCUACGAGAUCUGGCUACAUCCGACACACGAUUGCGCAAGAUCGCCGAACAUCAGACUGCAGACAUGAGGGAUCCAAUUCACCAUCCUCUAAGCACAGCUAUUCUCUCCCCCAACGAGGGAUCGAUGUCUGGUCCCACUCAUGCAAGCCGUCGACAUUCUAUCGUAGCUGGCACACAGGACAAGGAUGGCAGGUCCAGUGCCUCCCGGCACCGCUUCGACAGCAUGGAUCCUGAUCGAGUCCUAGAGCCAUCGACUUCCGUUCGUCAUCUACCCGAUACUGUCAGUAUGCUGUCGCGACAGUUGUCGCGACGAGAUCGUGACCCACCCAGUCGAGACCAUGAGGAUGAGUCAAGCCCGAGCCCAGAUCGCGAAGCUAAAAGCGAUAGACAACGUGACAAAACGCGCAGGCAUAUCUCAAGGCACGAUGACCCCUCAUUGAGCCGUUCACCGCCGACAUCAUACCCUCUGGACUACAUGAACCGACACUUGAAGGCAAUGGAUUUCUCCUCACGCGAAAGACCGCGUUCGCCAGAAGUGAUGACCUCGUCACGUCGGCCCUCUGAUGCAAGCUCGAUUGACCAUUUGAUCAAGAAUAAGUUCGACUUCAAGGCGGAUGUAAUCAGCACUGUCCCCAGCUCAGACCGUCACUCAGAAGCCACAACCAUAAUGACGCGAGUGCUUGGCACCGUUGAUACUGGGAGUGACUACAAUGUCAUACACAAAGACGUCAUUAGAAGAGCGAAGAUCGAUCCAUCCAAGAUCAAGGUGUUGAAGGAGAAGCCGGAUGUCGAGGGCUUCGAAGGCAUGAAGUAUCACCUUGACCGCACAGUCGAACUCGACUGGGGUCUGGCGAGGAAGAACGGCAUCAAGACCUACCGCUCCACCUUUUACAUUGUCGACAAAUUGCCUGACGACCUCGAAAUGGUCGUCGAGAAAGGCUAUUUGUUACAGAAGCUUGAAAAAUUGCGAGCUCGAGAUCGUUCGAGACGCUGA